AAGAAGCAGCAGCAACAGCAGAAGGCAUCCUGCUAUUUUGGCAACCGAGGCUGAACGUGUCUUCCGAAUAUGCAAACAAUGUUCCAAUGAUCCAACAUUUCGACACGCUCUCUACAUGGAAUGUCACCCCGCGCUCGCCAUGGCGGACUGUCGUUCUCUGUCGGACCCGGACCUCUCGGCUGAACACGACCGGCGCUGUUUUUUCGGCCACUCUUUGCGUAGCUAGCGUUAGCCACCUCGGCUAACACCGCCGCUGUUCGAGCGAAAGGCAAGCCGGAGUUGCUUCGUCGCUAUGCGGCAGCCGACCGCAAAGUGAGGCGACUCCGGGACAGAGCUCGCAGCCGCCACCGAAGUCGGAACGAGCGGGCGCGGCAGUUAUUUUCAUAAUUGUCGGUAUGUUAGUUAAGAAGUGGGGAGAGAGACUUUAGUCACGAUGUUAUGCUUGGAGAAGCGUUAGUUAACGCGGCGCGGAUGGAGCGUCGGCGGGCAGCGCGCCGCUGAAGGUCUCCCUUGACUCGGGCUCGGGGGUGAGGGUGUGCGGGUACAACCAUGUCGUGCAAAGCCGCCGCCAAGGACAAGAAGACGAGCUUCGGUAAGAAGUUGUUCAGGCGAGGCUCUGUGCGCUCCGUGGGAAGCUUUAUGAGCAGAGUCCUGAGGACUCUCACAGCCUUGUCCCACUUUGGUUCGGAAGUGCAAACCGACGACGACAAGGAUGACGGAGGCUUCUCCGCGUUUCAAUCCGGACUUAAGGACGCCCCCGUGGACGACGGGGACCUCGGGCUGUUCCUCUGCGGCGAGAGGAUUCCUGGCGUGGCCGGGUUGAAGAACCACGGCAAUACCUGCUUCAUGAAUGCUAUUCUGCAGUGCCUCAGCAACACGGAGCUGUUCGCAGAGUACCUCGUCCUGGAGCACUACAGGGAAGACGAGACCAACGAGGCGGACAAACCAAAGACAAAUGGCGUCCAUGUGCAGAAGAAAGGUCCCCUGGCCAAGGGGGAAGUGACGGAGCAAUUGUCUGGACUUGUCCGGGCUUUAUGGACUUUUGAGUACACCCCCCAGCACAGCCGAGAUUUUAAGAACGCGGUGUCCAAGAACGCCACGCAGUUUAAAGGGAACGCUCAGCACGACGCUCAGGAGUUCCUGCUGUGGCUGCUGGACAGAGUCCACGAGGACCUCAACACCGUCAACCCUGUCGGCAGGCCAACCCCGAGGCCACCUAUCGAAGAUGAUGACCAAACCACAGACGGACCCUCCCCGCCCCUCUCGGCUGGCUCGUUUGUACAGGAGCUCUUCCAGGCUCAGUACAGGUCUUCCCUCACCUGCCCCCAUUGCCAAAAACAGAGCAAUACCUUUGACCCCUUCCUGUGCAUCUCCUUACCCAUCCCACUGCCACAUACGCGGCCGCUAUAUGUCACAGUGGUCUACCAGGGGAAGUUCUCUCACUGUUUGAGGAUCGGGGUGGCCGUGCCGCUCAACAGCACCGUGUUCCGCCUCCGAGAUGCUGUUUCGCGUGAGCUCAAGAUGCCAAUGGACCAGUUCAUUCUGACUGAAAUGUACUACGAUGGCUUCCAUCGCUCCUUUUGCGACGACGAUGACGACCUGGACAUCAUCCAAGAGAGUGACUCCAUCUUUGCCUUUGAGACGCCGGAGGCAUUUAAACUGGAGAACCUACGCACAAAAAGAGGAAGUCUUCUGGCCAACCUGAACCACAACAACAUGAAGUACGGCGUGGAAAAUGGCCGCACGCCGUCUUUCAUGCAAGGGGCAGUGACCCCCGUGGCGUCACCAAAUAAGAACCUGGCGCCUGAGAAAAUGAUCCUGCUGGUGUGCAACAGAGCCUGCACUGGCCACCAAGCAAAAAGGUUUGGCUUACCUUUUGUACUGUACAUGGAGCGCACAGCCACCUGGGACACGCUGCAGAAGGAGAUUCUGGAGAAAAUGCGGCAUCUUUUACGACCUGGUGUCUACAUUCAGAUGGGGCCUUUCAGCCUUCGUGUGGUUGGUGUGGUGGGGAUCACCUACCUCCUCCCUCAAGACGAGCGACCGCUGUGUCACCCGACGGUGGACAGAGCAUACAAGUCGUGUGGACAGGGCGGACCGCCCCACGUGAAGAUUGUGGUGGAGUGGGACAAAGAGACCAAAGACUACCUGUUCGGACACACGGAGGAGGAGUACAUCCCAGAUGCCGAGAGCGUGUAUCUGCACAGAGACCAGCACCACCAGCCGCAGGCCUGCACGCUGGCUCAGUGUUUCCAGCUCUACACUAAAGAAGAGCAGCUGGCCCCGGAUGACGCCUGGCGCUGCCCCCACUGCACACAGCUGCAACAGGGCCGCAUCAAGCUCAGCCUGUGGACGCUACCCGAUGUGCUCAUACUACAUCUCAAGAGGUUCAGACAGGAGGGUGACCGCAGGGUGAAGAUGCAGAACAUGGUGAGGUUCCCUCUCAUGGGCAUGGACAUGGCGCCUCACGUCGUGAAGAGAAGCCAAAGCAGCUGGAGUUUACCCUCACACUGGUCACCGUGGAGAAGACCCUACGGCCUGGGAAGGAACCCUGAUGACUUCCUGUACGACCUCUAUGCCGUGUGCAACCAUCACGGGAGCAUGCAUGGAGGCCACUACACGGCCUACUGCAAGAACUCUGUUGAUGGUCAGUGGUACUGCUUUGACGACAGCGAGGUUGCGCCGGUGGCUGACGACGACGUGUGUCAACAGACCGCCUACAUACUCUUCUACCAACGCAGGACCGCCAUUCCCUCAUGGUCUGCCAACAGCUCGGUUGCAGGCUCGACCAGUUCUUCCUUGUGCGACCACUGGAUUAACAGGCUGCCCGGGAGCAGACCUGCUAGUCUAGCGUCCGGCGCCUCGUCUAGACGCACUUCACUGGCUUCGCUGGCGGAGUCGGUGGAUUUCCCCGGAGAACGCAGCGAAGACGAUGGUGGUUUCUCUGUCCGGCCCUUCGUGAGGAGCAUCCAACGUCAGAGCGUGACUUCCAGGUCAUCCAUAGUCAGCCAGUUGGCCUUCGGCGACAGCGGCGUCAAGCCAUCGUGGUCGCUCUCGGCCAAGUUGCAAAUUCGCUCCAACUCGCCCUCGCGCUUCUCCCUGGACUCGCGUUGCUCGCCGCCCCUCGAAAGGAUCGGCGAGGCCUGUGACGAUCGCGUGUCCACCUCCUGCUUCGGCAGCUACAGCCGGCACGAGCGCUACUUCGGUAGCAGGACCCCGCUCUCCGCGGUGGAGAGCAACUACGGCGAGCACGACAACAACAAAAGGUUCCUGGACAUGAUGUACUGCCGCGCUCCCACGCCUUUGGAGAAAACGACGGAAAACAACAACCAGAUUACAGCGAUAGACCAAAACAUUCAAAACGCCCCCUCCAAGGAGCAGAAGCGUAAGAGCAGCGCUGGCGGUUUUGUGUCCAAGGCAGAAAGCGCUGGCGCCACCAAAACCAUCAAAGCGGAGCCAGGAAAAACCUCCAAGAAGCGCCUGUGCUCGACCCACAAGCCCUCGCCCUCGGAGACGCCCACCAGCACACCUGUGAAAGGCAAAAAGCCCAUCGCCGCUAAAGAGAAGAGCGACAAGAAAAGCACGUCCACACCCAGCGGGAUGCCCUCCAAAACCAAGGAGUCGCUCCCGCCUCCAGGUUCCAUUCCGCAACAUCGUCUUUGCGUGCGCUCAACGCCUCAGUCGUCAGCAGCGCCCUCUCCGACCGCCAAGAAGAACCCCAGCGUCCCGCAGAAAACCCCCGAGAACAGUCGCAAGCGCCUGGUGGAGAGGAGCUACAGUCGGGAUUCUGUGGUCAGCACUCAGCGAGUAAGCAUCGCAGCGCGCUCUUCCGUCCCCAAGGCGGCGGACAGCAGCCGGCUCGAGCGGAGGUCUGUGCGCAGCUCCAGCAGCAGCUCCUCCGUCACCAGCCUGCGCUCGCCCAGCGUUUCCACGAGAGACCUGCAACGCGGCAGCAAGACGGAGGAGAAAGGCUUGUCCUUCUUCAAGAGCGCCUUGCGACAACGGGAAAGCCGCCGGUCGGCCGACUUGGGGAAAAGCACGCUGCUCUGCAAAAGGGCGUCGGAGAGGACGUGCAAGCAGAACAGGCAAGUCAAUGAGGCCGGCGUUGAAUGCGGAAAAGCGGCGGACGCUUUCCCGCCACCCGCAGACGCUCCAAAAUCUGAGCCUCUCAAGCCCGCGGGCUCUCUCGGUCGCGCCCUCCUGCACGUCGGCAAGUCCAAGUCUUCCUCCGCGGACGUGAGUAUCAAGUCUCCCGCUAACGGGAAGAAGCCCCUCGAAAAGAAGACGUCUUCCCGAAAGCUGUCGUUGGGCACGCAGCGGCCUCAGUGACACGGCUAGCGUACGUACGCCUCUCUCUGAAUGCAGCUACUGUACAUUCUUUGUGCCUACCCUUCUACUCAUAGCGAUAAGGAUUCAAACUUGACACACUCGCCCCCCCCACACACACACACACAAAACAAAAAUCAAUUAAAUACAUACAUAAAUAUUUGAACUUUCAGGAAGGAGGAAUUAAAAUAAUAACCUAGGCUGUAUUUCCACUGCAGGUCCGUGUGCCCGAUUCCAUUUUAAUGCCUACAUUGAACCUCUCGCUAUUUGGCAUUUUCAAAUUUUGCGGGUGAACAUAUUCUUUGUUAUUCGCUGGAAAAACUUACCGAUUUGCUGUUUUUGUGCUCAGGCCAAAGCAAUAAGUUUUGCGUACAUUUCAACUGACACAUAUCCAAUAUGGUUGUGUUUACACUGACGGAACACAAGAUGCUCAAACUGCACAUUAAUAACUACACAAAUGUCAACAUUGGGCAAUGACAACGCAGAAGUCAACAAUAUUACCUAAAUAAUAAAAAUGUUAUACCUUUCAUAGCAUUUAGUUGGACUUGGCUGACUCUUCCCCCGUUGGCUACCGUUGGUCAAUUAAUUUGCUUAUUUAUUGAUGGACACACCUCUUAUAUAUCUUACUUAGACCAUUUUUAUUUAUCAAUGCUUUUACUGUAGUUUAGAUUAAUAGCAGGUUUUCUUUUUAUGUGUUUAUUUUGUUUUUUUGUCCAGGUGCAGGUGUGUAUACAUCACCAGUCGUAUUUUGAUGUCCUCAAGCCAGGGUGUAUCCGAUCUGUGUCUUUAUUUAGCAUUUAGAAUGGAAGAUAUUUAAUACGUAUCAUAUUUUCCCCCACAUUUGGAAGAUUCUGGAUUGUGGUUGACACUUGAGAGAGAGAAAAAUCUUUUUAUUUUUUUUAAUUUUUUUUUUUACACACAUGAACACAGUGUAAAUCAGCCUAGGAAACUAAAUUUCACCGUAAUGAGGGCGUUUUCCACAAUAACAUUGCAAUGAUCUCCGCUGCAGUGGGGAACACACACAAACACUCACGAAAAGCGUUUCAUUCCUAGAUAUUUUUUAAUAACUGAUUUUGUUUCAAAUUCAUUUAAUCAAACGCAUUCCUCCGUGCUAAACUGUGGAGGAAAAGGGAUUUGUCUAAACGAUUGAAAAUAAUUUCAUUAUGGGCAACAGAUGAAAAUAUGAACAUAUGAAAAUCCACUGUAAAAAGUCCAGUUUGUCCAUGGGUUUUUAGAUAUAUUACAAUUAUUUUUGUUGAAAUUUUACAAUAGAAAUGUUUUUAUAUGAAUGUUUUUUUUCUUAAAAAAAUAGUUUUGGAAUGACACCCUUUAAAACAAAACAAAAAAAUAUAUAUAUAUAUACAUACAUAUUAGCUAUAGCUGCGUCUGUAUAGAAGGUACAGUAUGUAGUAUGAACUGUUGUUUUUGUCUUUCCAAAAGAAAGAUGAUCUUAAGCGCCUUUUCAACACUAAUAACACAAAACCGAUACUAGUCUCCUACUGUAUGCAUCGCUGAGUAGGAAUGUUGUAUUAUUCUGCACUUUGAAGUAGAUGACUAGUUUCCUCUCCUCCAGUAACUCACGUAGCAAUAACACUAGAAACUUUAACUACGUAAGCUUCUCACGCGUCUUCUCACCAUCAUGUAGUUUCAUGCCUUAGACUUAGGACUAGAAUAAAAAGGUACAUUUAUGUCAUGUGACCCGACGCCCCUCUCCGCGUGGUGCUGUUACCGGGACGUCGCUCCAAUCGGACCGAUCGAUUUAAAAGCAGAACUCAGUCGAACCCAAUCAAUCGGCAGCGUCUGUCCUAACUUGUGGUACCUCACUCUUUACAUGCGUUUUACUUCUUCGUAUGCCUGAAAAUGCAUAUAUAAUGGUAUCAUUACAUGUAUUUGUUAAUAUAACACUUCACGGCAUAAAAAAGAAAAAAAUUUCCUCGUUCUGACCCAUUUACUUUUCCACUAACCAAACAACUUUUUUUUUUUUUUUUUUUUUUUAAUACCUGUGAGUGGCAGUGUGGUGCCACAGUGUAUCCUGACUGCUGGAAAAUACAAAGAAGAAGAAAGGAAAGCGGGAGCUCGGUUAACUGUUGGCUCAUUGGAAUGUAAGUACAGUGGAACCUCGAUUUAACGGACGAAUGGUGGGUUCGUCCGUUACAGCCGAUUCUCUGUUAAAUGUAAACUUUUCAAAAAAAUGUCAUGGUUUAAAUACAACCACAGUUGAAAAUUGUUUUGAACUUUUUUUGUGUGGCCUAAAACGUGUGCAGCGGGCGCAAGAGCUAAUGGCUAAUUUACAUGCGAUUUGUAUGCGUCCUGGCGCAUAUAAAUUAACCAUGUGGCUCGCUCACUUCCAAUAGUUAAAUCGGGGUCUGUUAAAACGAGGUUCUGCUGUAACGUCGAGAAUUGUGACUUUAAUCGGAAGGAGAGAAUAUAUUCAACUUCUGCCUGAUUAUCGGUGUGUAGUAGCUCGCUUAGCGCAGACUAUACCCCGGCGCCAAAAUAUACCACAUGAUGUAGUGUAAUGUGAGCUAGUCAGGAUUGGGUUAAAGUGGACUGGUUGAGCAAAUAGGUAAUGGAUUAGCCCGCAAAGUAUCGAUGGGUAUAUUAAGAUUAUAUUAUAUUAGCAGAGUUUACCCUGAGUCUAGUCGCUACAGUGGUGUUGAAAUGCAACCUUAAAAGAGACAUAUUGGCAAUGUUUUUACAAUAUAAACAGUUUCCAGGUGUCUCGAUAAAAGGUAUCUGACAUUCUUUGGUCAAAGCACACGAAGGAUAAAGAAUUAGAGCACACAUUGGUCAAAGUCUUAAGGGGAGCGGUCUGUCUCAUGCAAAAGAUGUGUAUGCCUUUCGGAGUGAAGGGACGAAGUGAGGGCUAUUCAGUGUUGCUUACUAUAUUUAGCAACAUUUCUGACAAUUUUUUUUUUCAACAAAUCUUUCAACUUUUCCUUGCGUUAUUGAAAAUUUAAAUUGCAGCAAUCACUUUUGAUGCACUUGUCAAAAUUGGUGAUAAACAAUGGAGGGAAUUAUCAAAUAUAUAUUUUUUAAAUAUUAAUUUUACAUAGCAGAAAAUAGAAAGUAAGCUUGUUUUUUUUUUUUUUUUUUUUCGGUACUAUUAGUAGCAAGGUAACAGACUGCCAUUCGCUUCAAAGUUAACCUCUCCACUGUGACGUGCGUCCAUAUCAUAUCACGCAUUCACAUCAGCUUUUUUCCGAGGCCGUUUCAAAAUUGCAAUGAACUUGUCUUCCCGCCGACUUCGGAGCAUCAUGUCGCGUUGGAGCAAGAGCAAUAAUAGUUGACAUUGGUAAGGAUGUACACGAGGACGCAUGUACAUUAAACGCUCAAGCAUGCACGUCAUGAACUAUGCAAGUCUCCCAAUAUCACGCCUCAGCUUCAUUUGCACACCUUCAUAUCAUCAUCGUUCUAUAUCACCACUCGAUUUACUUUGUGCUCCCUGGGUGCUGUGAUACACUUCGAAACAAGAUGUACUGUUGUACACCAGCAAGGCGCAACACUACGGCUGUGACGUUUGUUUUUAAAAAUGUUUACCCUCCCACCAAAAGAACGUCGUGUAUGCGUGUACUAUUGCGAUUAGUAGUUCCUUAGUAGUUUAUGUAGCAAAAUGCAAUAACGACAAGUAAUACAUUUCUAGUUUUAUACUAUAGUAUGACAUUCAACUGUGAGGAAAUGAUGGAAGUAAGAUCAUAUUUCACACACCAAAUGACAAAAGUCCUGCUGGUUAUUAAUAUAUACAUAAAUUGAGAAUGCAUUUUUUUUUUAAACUUGCAGUGCAUAUAUAGUAUAUAUAUCAUAUGUAAAGACUUGGAAAAGUAUCACAUAUACUGAAUGUUUUGAGAAGCCUUGUUUGUGAGAAAAUAAGGUGCUGUAAAACUGAAUGUCAUUUUCCCCAUCAACUAGAUUUUGUCCCCUGCCGCCAACUUUUACAUUUUCCUUUGAUAAUAAACCAACUUAAAUUAAGGACACUACAAUGCUGAAUGAAAGCACAGCACGUCUGUAAAUUGUACUCAUGUCUGUUAAUAGAUUUGUACAAUCCAGUUUUUAGCUUUUUUUUUUUUUUUUAAAUUGCCAAUUCAUUAGGUACAGCCCUGCAAUCUGCAAUAAAUCCCCUAUCCCCUUAUUAUUAUUUUUAAAAACCCUAAGAAAAAACUGGCAAGUUUGUUCAUUAGUUUUUUUAAUGUUUAUACUUUCAUAUGCAUCAAGGAAAGAGAAUAUCAUUUCAAACAUCACCCAAGUCUUCUGUGUUAAUUUAUUCCCCUUUUUAUUAUUAUUGUUGUUGUGUAUGCACUUUUUUAUUCUCAUUUCUUCAAUUGUGUACAUAUGUUGCUGUUUACCCAUGUAAAAUAAAACAUUUUAAAA